AUGGUGCUAUUAGCUCUGAGUGCCGCGCAUUGUACGCGUCCGCAACUGGCGGAAGCCGUCGAUUCUUACCUCAGCACACAGACGACCGGUCAAACGUCCACUUUCAAAGAACGCUUCGAUAACUCUACCUGGCUCGGAUACUAUGAGAAUGGCAGAAAUCUUGAUAUCAACAGCGGUAUCCUCAAUACUCCUCUGCCCAUCACACACAACCGCACCAUCUACGACACCACCUCAUGCGCAACGUACACCGAAGUCAUUGUCAACAGUACCGCGAACCCUCAUGUCAUUGGAACUCAACUGCGCUUCACAAAUGAUAAGAUCAACAAGAUUGAUACAAUCGUCACCAAGCCCGGCGACUGGCUUUUCAACAUUACUGGAUAUGCAUAUUGGGUCGAACAAGAAAACUGGUCCACAAUACCAGAAGCCGGGCGCGACACUCGCGCAACCAUCAAAGCUGCCGCCGACGCCUACUGCGACGUUUUCAGUAAUUCUAGUGUCACUGUUCCCUGGGGUACACCAUGUGUGCGUCUCGAAGGUGGUUUAUACGGUGAUGCCGGCCCAAAUGGAACGUGCUCUGGUUUCAUACCUACUGGGGUCCCGAUCACGAAUCGACGGUAUGUGAUUGAUGAGACAGUGGGCACGGUGGAUAUCAUUUCAGAUUUUGGAAAGAGUAAGUGGCCGGAUACACAUGAGUUUAGGGUUGAAGGCGGGAAGCUUAGGUAUGUGCACACUAUGACGCAUUGUGGUGUGCCUAACUGUGGUGUGAAGAAAAGGGGUAUAUCUUGA